UCCAGUUCCAGGUUUUUCAGCGGCCUCUGCCUGUGCCUGGCAGCAGCGCAGCAUGAAAGCAGUGGGAAACAGAAACACUAUGGCUGCCACUCAGUCUCUUACUCAGCUCUCCAGUGGAAAUUCCAUCUAUGACAAAUACUAUCGACAGGUGGAUCCCACUGGUAGCGGGCGGGUAGCGGCAGCUGAUGCAGCACAGUUUCUGAAGCGGUCAGGCUUGGCUGACCUAGUCCUGGGCAAGAUCUGGGAUUUGGCAGACUCUGAAAGAAAGGGUUCACUUAACAAACAGCAAUUCUUCAUGGCACUGCGGUUGGUGGCGUGUGCUCAGAAUGGUCUGGAGGUGGCACUCAAGAGUCUUAAUGUGGCUGUUCCUCCUCCCAAAUUUCAUGACACAAGUAGUCCGCUGUUAGCAGGAGGAGUGGCUGCUGACAUUCCUUGGGUUGUCAAGCCUGAGGAGAAGAUGAAGUUUGACUCCAUCUUUGAUAGUAUGGGUCCAGUAGGAGGGAUGCUAUCAGGAGAGAAGGUCAAGCCCGUCCUGCUUAACUCCAAAUUGCCAGUGGACAUCCUGGGCAGGGUGUGGGAGCUCAGUGACCUCGACAGAGAUGGCAUGUUGGACAAAGAUGAAUUUUCUGUGGCAAUGUAUCUGGUGUAUAGAGCUCUAGAGGGCGAGCCUGUUCCCAUGUCCCUACCACCCCCCCUUGUUCCACCCUCUAAGAGGAAAAAACCAGCGGUGCCUCCUGUGGUACCUCCCGUGAUGCCCCUGUUACCCUCUCCCCCCUCUGCCAAAGACAGUCGCUCCUCCAAUGCUGGCUCCAAGACCAUGCCCCACCCUCCUAAACCCACUCCAGCUCCUGCCCCAACACCAGCAGCUACCCCUUGGGUGGUGUCACCGGCGGACAAAGCCAAAUACGAUGAACUUUUCAACAAGACAGACGGUGACAUGGACGGAUUGGUGUCUGGACCGGAAGUUAGAGAUAUUUUCCUCAAGACAGGGCUGCCUUCUGCCACGCUUGCACGUAUUUGGGAGCUGUGUGACAUUGGAGACAUAGGAAAACUGACCCGUGAACAGUUUGCCCUGGCGCUUUAUCUAAUCAAUCUAAAGCUGACUAAAGGCCUGGACCCUCCACAGAGUCUCUCACCAGAAAUGAUCCCUCCCUCAGACAGACAAAACAUCAAGCAGAACAAUGCUGUGAACCUGGCUGCUGACUUCUCUGCUAUUAAGGAGCUGGAUUCUCUCAGUAAUGAAAUUUUUGAACUACAAAGGGAGAAGAGCUCUGUGGAAGAGGAGAUCAAAGAGAAGGAGGAGGCCAUCCGUCAGCGCAGCAACGAGGUGCAGGACCUUCAGGAUGAGGUAGCGAAGGAGAGCGAGGAGCUGCAGCAACUUCAGGCUCAGCGUCAGAAAGUCCAGGAGGCUUUAGAUGAACUCGACCAACAGAAGGGCUCCCUGGAGGAGCAGCUCACCCACAUUCGGCAGCAGACCAACCAAGAAACCCAACUUAUCUCAUCACUUCAGUCCGAGCAUGAGGAGCAGGAACAGAGGAUAUGUCAGUAUGAGGAGGAGCUGGUUCAGGCACGAGAGGAGCUGCUUGCCCUUCAGGAGGAGAGCAGGAGAUUACAAGAGAAGGUCCAGGCUGCUCAGGAGCAACUCACUCCACUUCAGGAGUCUGUACGUGACUCCUUCACACAAGUAUCACAGGUUCAACAAAAAUUGAAUGACCUUCGGGUGGAGGAAAGGUCCGUUACAGCCCAACUCAGCUGGAAGAGAGCCCUUGAGGACAGCUCUCCUGUCAUGGUCAAUGGAUCAGCAGGCCCCACACCAGAGCUGCAUCAGGAAGACCCCUUCCAGCAGGACCUCUUCCAGGAGGACCAGCCAAACGAGCUGAAGGAAGAGGAACCAGCUGCUAUCUGCAAUGAGCAAAAUGAAACUUCAGAUGAGAAAGAAGGAGUUAUUGACAAAGAAGGGGAAGAAGAAAAGAAGGAAGAGAGUCCAAAGACUGCAGAGGAGGAAAAGCCUAAACCCGAUGCCCUGGAUGAUCUCUUUUCUAGUUUAGCUUCGUCUGAUCUUUACAACAGUCUGUCGGCCAUUUCCAAGACACGAGACAACACAGUUAGGGAAAACAACAGCCCUGAACAUGAAGUCUCCUCUGAUGCCAUUGAUGAUACAGAGGAAUCGCUAAAAGAUUCUCCACUGAAGGUUGAUUCCCCAGAGCCAGAGAUCGAACUAGAGCCUGAAGAGUCUGCAGAAACAGUCAGCUCCUCGUUACCUCCUCAGGUUGGUCCUCGCUCCAUGCCACCACAGACGAGCCCUCCCUCCCUGCCUGAGAUGGACUUCUUCCACUCAGACCCCUUCACUGACCAUGAUCCAUUCAAAGAUGAUCCUUUUGGAAAAACUGAUGUUGCAGACCCAUUUGGAGGAGAUCCAUUUAAGGGUACCGACCCCUUUGCUGCAGACUCUUUCUUCACACAGCCCCCCACCACUGCCUUUACCUCAGAGGACCCUUUUAGCGCGUCAGCUGACCCAUUUGGUACUACUCCUGGCAUGCCAGAGCCAGACCUGUUUGCAACAAAGCCAAACGAUAUAACUGCAGCACCAGCAUCAGGUCCAGAUCCCUUUGCCUCCAAACCUACCAAUCCACCUUCACCAUCCAAGGAUCCUUUCAGCUCCACAGGGAAAAAAGUGGCUGAUUCAGACCCAUUUGGAGACAAAAUGAACACAGCUGGGGAGGUGGAUCUGUUUGGUUCUCAGGAUGGAGAGACGGAUCCUUUCAGCUGCUCCCCACCGAGCUCUGAUCUGGCAGUGAAGGAUUCUGAUGUAGCCAAUGACCCCUUUGCUCCAGGUGGUACUACAGUGAAAGCCACCUCAGAUGCAGAUCCAUUUGCUGCUGUGUUUGGUAAUGAAUCGUUUGGAGGCGGCUUCGCAGAUUUCAGUGCUUUGACAAAGUCAAAUGGUCCUGACCAGUUUGGCAUCAACAAUAAGAACCUGUUUCAGGAGGAUAGCCAGUCUGCCAGCACUGAUGUGCCCCCAGCCCUGCCCCCAAAAACGGGUACGCCAACUAGACCUCCCCCUCCACCUCCAGGUAAGAGAUCGUCCAUCUCAAGGACAGAGUCCUCCGACUCCUUCCAUCGACGAGGGCACUUCCUCCCACAGACCUCAGGAGAUUUCCCCCCCUCUUCCUCCUCCUCCUCCUCCCUGCCUGCUAAGGAUCCUUUAGCCGACCCCUUUGCCCCCUCCUCCCCUCCUCGUCACAACGUACGGGAAGCUGACCGAUUUGCCAGCUUUGACAAAUAUCCAACCGAGGAAGACAUGAUAGAGUGGGCAAAGCGCGAGAGCGAGCGAGAGGAAAAGGAGCGACUGGCAAGGCUCACCCAGCAGGAGCAAGAGGACCUGGAGCUCGCCAUCGCUCUAAGCAAGUCUGAACUCUCCUGAGGAGGCUCGUCCCACCUCCGCUGGCCCUAGCCUGGCACAACACUGCCCUGCACUGCCUGGCCCGGCCUGGCCUGGCCCAGAAAGCACCAAAGCAAAACAGGAACUGUACUGAACUGUUUCAGCAGCACGUGCUGACCCCGCACAGAGACUUAAAACUGAUUUCUGAAUCUUUUCAUCACCCUUCUCCCUCGACUGCUCACUGUUUGCUGGCAUUGUAGUACCACAUUUAUACAUCCUGUUGGUCUCUGCAGGUUUGACUGAAGGAAAACACCCAAGGUGGAAAUCCUGUUCUCAGGAUUAGAUUUUUUUUUUUUUUUUUUUUUUUAAUGAAUGGCAGUAAAAAUGAUAUUUUCAAACCAGUCUAGAUAUGCCACAUUAACUCUCCAGAAUGUAAUUUAUUUAAACAUGCACUCAAGACUAGAUUUAAAUGGCCUUUGUGAUAAGUCCAGUCUUUAGCUUCUAACCAAACUCACUACAUUUUAAUUAAAUCUCAGCUCACUUUGUGAUUACAUAAUUGAAAUGCUGAUGUUACAGAACCCAGAAAUCUCCAAACUUUUAAAUCUUUAAUACAGUAAAAAAAAUACUACUCAGUUGGAAAAAGUUAGUAACCAGAUGUAGUUUAUCUUUCUAUCACUUUGAAUUGAAGUGAUUAUGUUUUAACAUUUUUCUUUCCCACAUCAGGGGAGCAUGUCUUGAUAUUUCUACAUGUUUAAUUUCAAGUUAUCAGUCAAUUGAGAUUUAAAAUGCAUGUUAAAAAAAAAAAAAAACAAACUAACCCAUGUCAAGUACACCAUGUUCAACUUCCACAGGAGACACUUUAUUAUAUUUACCAUACUUGAGUAUUGCACCAGUUUAGUUGGUGUUCCCUUUUUCUUUUUUUUUUUUUGUUUGAUGAGAAAUGAAACAUUCAUUACAUGACUACACCCUGAAUAGCAUUCAAAUUUAGGACACACUACAGUGAACUGCACCACAGUAGCACAUAGUCAUUUUGAGACAUUGUCUCUAGUCAAGCAUUUGACACCCAAGACUUGUCCUAAAAACUCCUUUAUCUGUUAAAUGGCCUACAGCUUUCAGGAAAAAUUUCAACAUUUCAUAUGUGUAUAGUCAAAUAAUAAAGAGGGAUGUUUUGCUGAGAAGUAUAGAUUUUAAACAUUUCAACUGGUUUGACAUUGGUGAAUGUAAUUUUCUUACCUGUAAGUUCACUGAAUUGAAGUUUUUAAAGUGACUAAUGUCACAUUUAGCCUCCCUAAAGCAGAGUCCUCCUCCAGGGAUUCAUUAUAGUCAUUAUAAAACCAUCAAUUUAGACACAGGCAUGCAAUUGUCAGUUCACAAUAUUUCACACAUGGUCCCAUUUCAAAUUGUACCAUGGUGGGUGGUGCUUUCAUUAGCAUUUGUGUUAUUUCUAUAUUUUUUAAUUUUUAGGAGGAAUUCCCUUUGUGAGACUCAAUGGAUUUAAGAGUCUCAGAGAUAUUCAGCAAAUUAUGUGUUUUCUGGCUGCGCUCCUCAAGCUUUGUGGGGAUUUAACUUGCAAAAAACCUCCUUGUGUUUUGAGGAUAAAAGCUCAUGUUGCACUGUGUCCUCAUGCCUGUUAACACUCAAAACAGCUGCCUGGCCAGCAACAACUUAAUUUUGUGUUUCUGCCAGAAAAGAUACUUUAGGCUGAACUGUGAUUUUAAAAAAAAGUGCAGGAGGCCUUUGGUUUACUUAACAUGUUAAUUUCUGACCAAAUAAUGCACAUUACAGACUGCACUUCUUCUGAUUUCUGUUUUGAGCCCUGUGUUGUCCUCAAAUAUUUUAACAGCUUAAUAUCUGAUGUUAAUACAGCACCUCAUAAUAAAUACAGUGUCUCAUUUUGAAGUUAAUUGUAAAUACAACAGAAGAAGAUUUGCAUGUCUAUUCUUCGAGUCUCCUUAUGCACCAGCUCAUUGUUUGUCACUUUCAAAUGCCACUUUACAGUACGUUGUUGUUUGUACAGAAAAAUCCAAAACCACUUCCAUAUUUGUAGGCUUACUUGUAAAAGCUAAUUGUAUUUUAUUUUAUAUUUUCUAACUUGUAAAAGAAAUCGUAACUGGGAGAUUCGACAAGAAUACGUAAUGCAUAUAACUGAAACUGAAUAAAUAUUAAAAUGUGUA